AUCUAAUUGCAUUCUGGCGGGAGUUCGAGAUAGUAGAAAAUGGAAUCUCACAAAGUGCGUAAAUCAUGGUUCGGUACUGAUAGAAAUCCUUUGUGUGUAGCAUCUCUGGAUCAAGAUCGACCCUUCUUAACAGUUUCGCAGUCUUAUCUUAUUAAAGAGCAGUCGGAAUCUGACCAGAUCACCACGCAAAAUGAAAAUGCGAGUGGAACAAAAUCACCCAGUGGCAAUUAUGAAGUGACUUUACAUGGAGAUGAGAAUGAAGUUCCUUUCACAGUAAACGUUUCUGAUACUCUUUCUGUAUCCAUGUUCUCAAGAAGAGCUGUAGUAGAUUUCGGUACGACCAACUUUACAGGAAAGUCACUGACUCGUUUCUUGCUGUUAGUAAACCAUUUUGAUGGAGAGCAAUCAGUGAUGAUCCAACGUAGUCCGCCGGAAAAUGAAUUCACCAUUGAUUGGAUAACUUCGGAAACUGACAAUUUUACAUCUCGACCUUUCCAUCCUGCAAUAUCUAAACGAAUCAUCCUUAAACCUCUCCAUGGUAGAUCUCUCAUGAAGAUAACCUGGAUACCUAUUCGCGAUUCUGUCUCGAGUGGUGUUUACAGUUUUCAUCAUUUGAUUCAGUUUCGUGUUAAUGACGCUUACUUUAUUCAGGCUGUCAUUGUCGGUCGUUUGUUACCACCUGAAAGGCCUAGUCGUUCCAAGUUUCUUGCGCCUAGAAAAACAAUAACUAAUCGAUUUCCCAAUUUACCCGCUUGGACUAAAACUUCUUCCUCCAGUUCGUCUGCAUACUGUUCUAAAAAUAAGAUCAAAAAUAAACCUGUUGACUCACGUUCCAUUUCUCCAAUAUCCGAAAUUCAUCGUCACAUAUCUUCUUCAUUUUCUACACGACCUACAACCGUCUUUGGUCAAAGCUGUGAUUUCAAUGAUCUCACCACUUCUAGCUUCACAUCUGAAAGACCUCAGAAUACAGAUUUUUGUCGUCCACACGCAAUUGAAAAAUCAUUUAUCGAUGAAUUAAGUGCAGACGACUUUCUACUUAAAACAACAGAAAGUCGACGUCGAUCAAGUUCACAGCCGACAAGUGCUACUCCCACUAGAAAUCUGUCUAUUUUUGGUAGAUUUCAUGAGAUGAAGGAGCUGAGUUCGUCUAUACAGUCAAUAACUGGAUCAAAUAAGUUGUGCUCAGAUACGAAUUUAACUACAGAUGUGAAUUUUUUGAAUUGCACUGCUACAGCGUUUGUUUCACCGAAGCUUGUACGUUCACCUGCUUUGAAAGGAGUUAAAACAACAGAAAGUCGACGUCGAUCAAGUUCACAGCCGACAAGUGCUACUCCCACUAGAAAUCUGUCUAUUUUUGGUAGAUUUCAUGAGAUGAAGGAGCUGAGUUCGUCUAUACAGUCAAUAACUGGAUCAAAUAAGUUGUGCUCAGAUACGAAUUUAACUACAGAUGUGAAUUUUUUGAAUUGCACUGCUACAGCGUUUGUUUCACCGAAGCUUGUACGUUCACCUGCUUUGAAAGGAGUUACCUGUGCACCUGUAUCCACCUAUAAAAAGAAACAGGAUGGAAAUCUAUUUUACACUAACGUGACCUCUGUUUUAUCUGACAUGAGUGUUUAUGGUUUGACUCAGUGGCUUAAUGGUGUAUUUGCUCCAUGUAUUGCAGCUAAUAGUUACAAUGGACUUCCAACGACCUCUUCCAAGGAUAUUUGUGUAGUUGGAUCAAGUGUGUAUCAUUCAACAGUGGAGAAAGCAGUUGAAUUACUGAAUUCAACUAUUAUCAUGACUCCUGGAGAACGCAUAGAACGUGAAGUAGACAAUGGAAAGCUAACACAUGUCCAAAUGCUAUCAUUUCGUGUUGAUAAAGGUUCCCAACGUCGAAUUCAAGACCAUUUGUUGCUAAAUUAUGCUCCAAUCUGGCUUCAUCUUACUUUGGAUGCGUUAAUAAGUUCUUCUUCGACUCAGUCUUCUUCAUCAGUCACGUCACACAAUGUUUGCUCUACAACUAUACCAGAGAUUAAUGACCAACCCUACCCUGAGGAUAACAAAAAUGUAUAUACAAGUUGUUUAUCUAAAAAGAUACAUAGUUACCUUUUUGAUUCUUUCGAUCUGAAUAAACCAGUUUUACCAAUUAAACCAGCUGCUGAUAAUAAAAAACUAAAACGGUCGUCUCAUCAUACAACUAGAAACGAUACAAAUUCGACAAAGCCAAAUACAUUACCAAACCGUGAUAUCCUCUAUAAUCGUCAUGUGAUUAAACGAUUUAUCAUAUUUAUUUGGAUUAUAGACUGUUUUAAAAGGCAUAUGUUAAUUAAAUAUGAUCCAUGCUUAUUUCGCAUUAAAUCUGUCAUUAAAUCCUCUUCAUCGCUCUUAUUAUGGUUUGCUCAAAAUUUUCUUCAUGGUGAAAAUAAUCUAGUUCGUCAUUUAGCCUAUCUAGGAGCACAAGUUACAGUAAAUCAAACACCGCUAGAUGAAUAUCAGUUUACUGUUGAAAACUUGGCUGUAGACUUAAGGGAUGGUGUUCGUUUGGUAAAACUUGCUGAAUUAUUAAUUCCUACAUUAUCUACUGAGAAACCACCUACUGUCAUCAAACCAAAUAGUCUCAUGUCUAUGGUUCGAUUCCCUGCUAUAAGUCGCCUUCAAAAAAUACAUAAUGUUGGGGUUGCCCUGAAAUCGUUUGAACAAUAUGGUCAAAUAUCAAUGGCAGACGGGAGCUUAAUUGAUCCUCGUGAUAUUGUCGAUGGACAUCGUGAAAAAACCCUUACAUUACUUUGGUGCUUAUUGUUACGUCAUCAGGUUCUUGCCUUACUUGACCAUUCCGCAUUAGAAAAUGAAAUUCACACUCUUGAAACAAAUAUCAAUUCAUCCGAUACAAAUAUGUGUGUGAACGAAUUAAAUCAUCUAAAGUUAAAUAUAUCUACUGACAAUAAUGUAAAAGACGACAAAAACCAUAUGGCUCACUUCAAAUUACUGUAUUGGGCUUCUUUAGUUUGUCAUUUGUAUAAUGUUCCAGUUACUAGUUUAGAUGAAUCGUUUACAGAUGGUAGAGCAUUAUGUUAUCUGUUGCACCAUUAUUUACCAACUGUUUUACCUCAAGGUUUAAUUCGCCAGUGUACAACGUAUACUAAUAAUAAUCUAUCGGUUCCACUGCCGAACCACUUACUUAUACGUAACAAUCUGUUCAAUUUAUCGUUGUUUCAAAAGAAGCUCUCAGUGCUAGGUGAUGUUCCACUGCUUCUUUCUACUCCAAUUUCAUCGGCUAAUUUUAGUAAUAUUCUUCCACCUGGAUUAGUUAUCACUAUUUUAGCGUAUCUGGCUAACAGAUUGGUUGUUGGUCCUUCAGAUAAACAUAAAUUAAAUCUUCUUAUUCGUGAUAAUGCUGCAUGUAUUAUUCAAAAUGCCUGGCGCCGUUUUCAAGAUUAUAUUAAUUUCUCUAAGUUAAAAUUAAUACCUUAUGGAAGGGAAUGGCGUAAUGAAAGAAAGAGAAUCAAAGCAUGCAUUACUAUCCAGGCAUUUGUACGUGGUUAUCUUGUUCGUAAACAAGUUGUACAGAUCAAAUCCUUGAGGAACUCUGCUGCAAUAAUAAUCCAAUCUUAUGUUCGUCGAUUUUUAAUUCGAUGUUAUUUUGAACGCAUUCACCAAUCCGCUACCUUAAUCCAGAGCGCUUGGCGUGGUUACCAAGCGCACCGAAAUUAUACCCUAUUGAAAAAGUCCUGUAUUAUACUGCAAGCAUUUUCACGUGGAUUCCUAGCCCGUAGAUAUGUUGCACAGUUACAAGAACAUCGAAACAAAUCAGCAACAAUAAUACAAUCUCAUUUCCGUAGAUUAAUUGUUCAACGUAGCAUAGAAAAUUGGCAUAAGUCAGCUAUUCAAAUUCAAAGUGCCUGGCGAUGUUAUCACAUUCAUCAAAAAUAUAUCAUCUUAAAACAUGCAUGUCUAACAAUUCAACGAUAUGUACGUGGGUAUUAUGCUCGUAAAUUUGUUAUGGAAACACGUUCUAAAAGGACUUUGGCGGCCACCGUGAUACAAUCGUAUUUCCGAAGUUAUAUGGUCAGACUUGAGAUUUUCCAUUGGCAUAUGGCAGCAGUUCAAAUUCAGAGUAAAUGGCGUAGUUAUUUCCAUCGAAAACGAUUCCUAUCUUUGAAAUCGUGGUGUAUCACUAUUCAAAAAUAUGCACGAGGAUAUUUGGCUCGAGAACGUCUCGCAACAGUUCAAUAUAAUAGGAAUUCAGCAGCCACAGUUAUACAGUCUCAUUUUCGUAAAUUUCUAGUAUUGCGUAGAAUCAACAUUUUGCAUAGUUCAGCUCUACGAAUACAAUUAUUUUGGCGCUUUCAUCGCUCUCGGAGAAUUAUUACACAGUUUAAAGAUAUCGUCUUACUUGUUGUUGAACGUCACAAUUCAUCUCGCAUGAUUCAACGUUGGUGGCGUGCAUGUUUUCUUUUUAAGUUUAUAGCUAGGCAACGUUGUUCUGCUAUACGAAUACAAGCCACAUGGAAAGGUUUUCGAAUUCGUAAACAUUUGUUUGCUUUAUCUCAAUCUUCUAAAAAGGGCACAAACAUUACGAAAAUAUCAAGUCGAUUGAACGGUCGGGAAACGCAUCUUGUUACAUCUAAGUCAAAGUCUGCUCCAAAUUUGCAAAAUUCCAAGCCAAAGCUUCAUAAAGAAAAGUGUUUGCUUUCACUUACACCUUUGGAAGCCAAGUCUCUUAUAGAUAUUUGUUUCCGUUUGAAUAAGGCAACAGAGCGUGCCCAAAAUAAUCCACAUUUAACCUUAGCUUCAAAAGCCCGAAAUGCAUUGAAACAACUUUCUCACUCUACAUCUGUAAACCAAAUACUUGAUGCAAUCAAACUUUUAGAAACGACUACCGGUUUCUCGGCAGAACUUUGUUAUUGGAUAGUUGGUUUGUCACCUCCUAAAAAGCCAAUGUACAAUAAUGCAUGUUUCAAUGAGCAGGAUGAGAACUCACCAUGUGCACUUAUUCGUUUCUUUCAAAUUAUGAUGGCUUGUAAUCGUUCUGUUCCACAUGAAGAUAUUUUUAUAGCUAUUACAGGAAUUUUUUUAAAUAUUGGACGACGUAAAGAUCUAGUCAGUAAUCUAGAUUUAUGGUGGAAUCCUUUGACUUUUAAGUCAAAGAGACCAUUUGCCACUAAUGAGAAUGAAAAUGAAGAAUUUCAACAACCAGCUAUUGUACGUUUAAUAAAUACCCAGUUAAGACGUUAUCAAAGUCUUCCAGGUUUAUGUACAACUGUAUCUGAUUUACAGCUUUCUAUCUCUACACAGUCACAUCUCAAAAAACUUAGUCACGUUAAUUCAGUGGAAUCAAAAUUACCGCACAAUUCGGUGUCUAUUACUCAGAACAUGAGUUUAGUUGAAGUUUUAAUGGAAAUACUUCAGAGGACAUGGCGUGCUCGCCCUGGAACAGUGAGUGUACGCCUAUUCAGUCGUACUUGUUGUGUUUUGGCUCUUCUAUUCAAUUCAGCUCCUCCUCAUUUAUUUUCCCACAACUCUUUUUUAUUGCCCACAUUACAAGAAAUUUAUGAAGGACUUUAUCGCCGAUCUGACCCACAUUCUCGAUUUCACCUUAAUUUCGAUCCAAUCGGUGAUUCUACUAAUUUUCUAAAUGUUAAUGAAGUUCAUUUAAAGGCAUCAAACGCUCAAAUGAAAAAACUUCGUGCUUAUCUUAGUUGUGAAUUGGAUUGGCAUUUUCGUCCAACCAGAUCUCGUCUUAAUCCAUUAUUAGCUAUUCAAUACUUAUUAAUGAUUGCAAUGAGAAAAAUUGAUGAUGCAUAAUUGUUACUGCUUUCAUUGUAUUCUACGAAUGAUUCUAAAAAUUAUUUAUCUGUAUAUAAUAUAGUAUUUUUCUUAUAGUCUUCUCUAUCGGUAUUAUGUGUUAGCUGGAUGUGUUCUAUGUGAAUAUUGUUCGUUAUUACGUAAUCUUAAAUUGUGUUUUUUUUUACAUUCUACCUUUUUUUCCCCAUUAUCUACUUGGAUUCAUUGAAAUACUUCUGCGCAAUGCUUAUUCAAAUUGCCAGUUUAUAAUCUUUAAGUAUCCUCUUCUUCUUUUUUUUAGCUUCCCGUUUGGUUUUAUUGUAUGCAUUUGUUUACUUCUUAAAUAAACAUCUAGAAAACCAUAUUAUGGAUGAAUAUUUUAACUAUUUAAAAAAAAAAGUUGUAUGAUUU